UUUUUAGCGUGCCAAAUCCAGGCUAUCGGUCUGGCCAGCAGUGACGCUAUCCCAGACAACAGUUUCUCUGCCUCGACUCAUCGUUCUGGUAAUGAAGCUUCCAAAGGCCGUCUAAACGGAAAUGGCGCCUGGUCACCUAGCGGAAAUAGUGAUGACAACGACUACUUACAAAUUGACCUGAAAGACCAGUUUUUUAUCUGCGCCGUAGCCACUCAAGGUUCAAGUGCCAAUCACUGGACAAAAAAGUACAAAUUACGUUAUUCGGUGGACAACUCAACCUGGUUAACUUAUCAAGAAAACGACACUGACAAGGUGUGUUUGUACACAAGAAAACUUGCAACGCAAUUAGAGCUACUUAAUGGGCCAUUUCCGAGUUGCUCCAAGCCUCUGUAUCAAAGCAAGGCUAAGUGCGAAACUGUUGAUACGAAAAUAAGUAUCUCCUGAGAAUACUCUUUCUCUCAAGAAAUACUUGUUUUGAACACCGGUAAUAGCGAAAUAACUGAAAGCCUGCUCAACAGAGAACCUGUUUUUUUACCAGUAACUCACCAAUCUUACUCAGACCCCCUGGAAAAAAAAACCUCUGUAAGCAACCCCCCCCUGGAAAAAAACCUCCGUAAGCAACCCUCCACCCCCUCGGAAAUUGUCUCCUUUUCAGGGGCACCCAACGAGAAUAUAGUUCAAAACCACUCAAACAGCAUUUUUAAAAGCCUUUUAGUAUUUAAACGGUAGUUAUAGGCAUAUUUUUAUCCCCUAAAAAUUUUUCAUCUGUUCGGAUUUCCUAGCUGAAAGUCUAAUUAUCCGAAAGUUAUAGGAAUCCAAACUUACCUUUCCGAAAAUCCCAGCCAGAAAAAAGGUUACCAAAAAUUCUUGGUGACCUUUUAAGGACAAAAAUCCGUUAAAAAUGGGCAAUAAUACCAUUAGAUGUUCGAAAAUGCUAGGAGAGGCAGGCAAGCAAGAAAUUUUGCAACAAAUGUUCCGAAAAUUCUAGAUCUCAAAUCGUCUUCCGAACAGAUAUUUUCCGAAAACUGACGUGGGUGCCCCUGUCCUUUUGGAAGUUUGUAGUCGUGCAUAAUAACCAUAGUGAAAAAAGCGCGCUUCGUCGAGUUUUGUAAUAAUAAUUGCUUGCUCUGAGGACAUCUACGGUCGUUAUGUCAUCCAAAACUGUGACCAUGAUUACCUCCACCCGCUAUUUGCGAUUAAGCAACAUUUGGCAGGCAAGCAGAGUAUAUUAUGGAUUCCAAAAAUGAGGAUUACAGUCAAGGCAGGUCAAACGUACGCCCCAAGGUUCUAUUAAGGAAUUGAUUAUUUGUAAAAUGAAUCCGUUUGUCGUUCCCGUUAUUAGUGCCAAAUUAAAAUCGGCAUUUCUGCACGCGCAAUGAGCAGUGAAUAUUUUACGAGAACUUCUCUGUAUUUGGUCAGACGGAAAAUAUUUCAGUGGAUUAAAUUUCUUAGAAGACGUUGAAAUCAAAUUCAGGGAACCUGAGCUGGUAGAAAUGUCUUAACUGCCUGGCGUAUGAAUUCACGGCCACACACACAUGCAAGAAUGCGAAGAUGAAUCUGAAAUCUACAACUACCGACGGAUUCAACUUUCGAAUAAUAAAUUCAUUAAUGGAAUCUUAGGGGAUACGCUUGACCUGGCUCGGCUGUAACCGUUUUCAUAGUGCCCAUAAUACACCCUGUUAAACCCGGAUUUUUUUUCUUAAUUUCCCUUGGGACGACCCAAAGAAAAAUUGUAUGACCAUGGUUAUAAAUAUUUUUUUGGAUUGGGGGUAGUGGGAACAAGAUGUUUUAUGGUCAAUGUGAAGAAAAUUAAAUUGGAAAGAUUUUAUAUAAAAAUACAAAAAUAAAAAAUUCCGCGGUUACACGAGACAACUUUUUCUAGGCUAACUGAUGUUAGGUUUACCAAGGGAAAGUUGCGUUCUACCCGCCGGUUAAGCUAUUUGAUCUGAAAAAAAAAUUGCUAAGGUAACUUUUGCACCAAAAAAGAGCAGCGUUAGAACCUAUUUUCUCAUUCUAGUGGUUACCUUUUAUUUACAACAAUGUUAACUGUUUGCAGAUCUUUAACGCCAAUGACGGGGAGGAUGAUAUCGUCAAACACAGUCUGGUUGGUAUAGUUAGAGCAAGGUUCAUUCACUUUCAUCCAACAGAGUUUGAAGCUGAAAAAGCUUUAAGAGUAGAGGUGUAUGGAAUACUCACAACAACAGGUAAAUUGUGCAUAGUGUAGUCUGAAAUGUCAACCCCCUCCCCUAACCCCCAUUACCCGUCGGUUUUGUAAAAAUAGUGCUUGGGACAGUUUGAGAAAAUAAUGGUCGACGUUCGGUCUCCGUCUAAGAGAAAUCCGGCACAACUGUGUAAUGUGCACGAGGUAGUAACAACCAUAAAAGCGUUCGAAUAUAGUUGAGGAUAUCGCCGUACAAUCACAGACUAAUAGCGAAGUAAAGUGAAGCUUACUCACAAGGCCUAUUUAAUAUGAUUUAUAUGGAUUCAUUGGAGCAUAUCGGUGCAUAUACUUUCCCAGAAAUUUGCACCAACUAGGUCAUUUUUUGAAAGUGGACAUUUUUCAUCUUCUUCUUUCUUGAGAUUAGUUUUUGUGACCACAAAUAAAAAUUAAUUGUUGCUUAUUACCAACUAUUGUUUUUAGUUAGUUUCCGUGGAUGUCGAUAAGUAUUCUCUCUUGAAGCAUUAUGACACAUUUUUCGGUAAAAAUGCUAUUUCAAUGCAUUGAUGAAAGCUAUUAAUUGAGUUCCUGCUGUUGGUAUUUCUCUUCAGUCAAGUACCCUUUCUUUAUUCUUCCCACAAUCCAUAGGCCCUCUAACAAUAUAUGGUAAAUAAUAGGUAGAUUUUUCAUUAUCCGGAUUGAGAGAAACACAUCUUUAGUAACGUUCUUUCGGAGCAGAGAUAAAAGCUGUUGAGCUCUUGUCGGUGUUGUUGUUAUUGUUGUUUUUUUUCUUUAAAGUUUCCUCUCUGCUUUUCUUUCAUGUUUUCUUCCCACACUGAAUCUCUAGGUCCUCUAACAAUAUACAGUAAAUCAUCAUCCCGAUGCUUACUUUUCUUAUAGCGCCAGGCCGUGCUCCCACAAGCUUUAUGGUGACCCCUACCUCCUCCACCAGUGUUCAAGCAUCCUGGCAGUUACCAACGGUGGACUUCCAGGCGAUUACAGGAUUCAGGCUCCUGUACAGAAACUUGAGCUCUGUUGAGGAUCCACUUACCGUCAUAACCAUUGAAGGCUACUCUACCCUUAGCCAUGAAGUCACUGGACUUGGGAUAUUCACAAAAUAUGAAUUUCAAGUAUUAGCUUUUUCAAUUAUGGGUGAUGGACCGUCAAGUGCCGUUAAAACUGUGAGAACUAACGCGGAAGGUAAGUAUUCACUGUGGAGCUAUUUCUAAGUGCUAGCCUUUUUUGAGGAAAUUGUCGCUCGCCCACUCCCCAAUAAGAGUGUGAAGGCGCCUCGGACGAUUAGCAAUCGUUGAUUACUCGCCCGAUUACGUCUUCAAUCCUGCCUUCUAUUAUAAUACUCUAUUUAUCUCCAUAUCUGUUUUAUCGUUUUACCUAUAUCGCUGUUGGGAACAGAUGAUCAAGGUAGAAUCUGUCUUGAAUUUUUAGGGACAGAUUGUUUUUUUAAAAUGCAUUUAUUUGGAAUAUUUUUUUAGGCUAGAUAAAGGCAUAGUAAUAGUUAUUGUUUUCUGGUGCAGGUUAAGGCCGUUGCAUUUUUUUUUUUAAAUCUCUGCGGGAUUGACAAAUUUAGAUUAUCGAAAUGCAUCCUUGUUGUUGUAGUCAAAUGCCAUCAUCCUAAAUAUGGCCUUUUGACUUCUCGUUUUCAGCUCCUUCACAAGCCCCUGCGAACCUGGUUGUGACUGUCAACAACUCGACUAGUGUUUUAGCGAACUGGCAACUUCCCCCCGGGAUAUCCCAAAAUGGAGUUAUUUUGGGAUUUACACUGUACUACCGGAUAAAUGGCACCUCUGGUCAAGCGAACACUGUCACUGUUCACGAUGGAACAGUUCUCUCUACAACGAUCACGGGACUGGGGAAAUUUACAGGAUACGAAUUCCAAGUGUCCGCAUUCACUAACGCUGGGGACGGACCGAGAAGCUCUGUUGUGACGGAGAGAACAAGUGAAGAUGGUAAGACAUGUACAGUCAAUGUAAGAAUGAAAACACGUACAUGUACAUGAACGAUCCUUUCGGCUAAGCUUAUAUGCGUUAGGCUAAGAAUUCUCAGUUCUCAUACUUGAAAUACCAUUUGCCUGAGGAAACAGCACACAUUUCCAACGCCACGACAGGAUUGCCCAACGAAAUGACUUUUCUGAGAAAAGAGCGCAGCAAUUCCAUACUGAUGACAGUGCUUCGGAUUGAUUGAAAUUUUGCUUUAACAUAUCAGAAACACUACGAUCAAGUUGAUGUAUUCAAUAAGUUAUUCCUUGACACGCUGAGUGAACAUGCACCAAUUAAACGCAUGAAGAUCAAAUCACGCCCGAAUCCGUGUCAUCACACCUGAGAUCAAACAAUUGAUGAAAACCCGUGAGAACCGGCAUAAAAAAGCGAUUAAAGCAAACGACAAACUCCAUUGGAACGCUUUUCGAUUUUUUAUACAGGAAGUUGUGAAUAUCCCAAAGGAAUUGAAGUACGUUUCAUUGGUAUCUUUGUGCCCAAGAGAACUUUCCAUUAUAAAGAGUUAUAUUCAUUUUUGUCGAAUGUAAGCAUUAUUACGACCUCUUUGUUUAUUAUAAAAUUUUUGAAUGUUUCUUUUUCUUGAUAGCACCCAGUUUCGGUCCAGAUACAGUUUUCACUACUGAACUGAAUGAAACAACAUUCAACAUUUCAUGGGCUCCUCUACCAACGGAGAAGAGCAACGGGAUAGUCGUUCGCUAUGAAGCAAAUGCGGAGUUGGUACCCACGAGAGGACGCUCACGGCGAGCAGUUGCAAGCAGCAAAGGAGUCAGUACAACAGAAACCUUUGCUGUUUUUUAUGAUUUCCUCACUUGUUCCCAGUACAGUAUCUCUGUUCGGGCUUUUACGGCCGUUGGACCUGGACCCUAUGGCACGGCCACACUGCUACAGACAUCAAGUAGGUAG